AUGUAUGGUCAUAAAAGCAAUAGAUAUGAAGAUCCAGGACAACAAUAUUAUGAAUCAGAUUCUAAUAACCGGUGGUCAGAACAAAAUCAGAACACACGUGGCAGUAGUAGUUUCUUAAAUAGAGAACCUCGUAAAAAUAACUUCAACUCUAAGCGUUACAAUGAAUCAAAUACUAAACAUCAAAAUCAUUAUGCUGAUCGAAGUUAUAACCAAGAUAAAUCACAUGAUGAUUUUCAAGAUUAUGACAGUGAAUUUCCAAAUAAUUAUAAUGACGGUUAUAGACGAGAAAAAAAUAGGCCUAUGAAUCAUAAUUACAAUAAUCCUCAGAAUAUGGAAUCCAGCAGUCGUCAGCACAAUUCUUAUCAUCCUUACAAACGUAACAAUGAAGGUCAAGAUAGAAAAGAUUACAACAAUUUGUAUGAUGAACAAAGUGGUCAAAAUCGUGGUAGAAGUUAUAAUAGAGGGGGUUCUGACCGAUCAAAGCAUAGUUAUUAUUCAUAA